CGCACUGCGCAUACGGUGUGUGGUAGGUCUGUGGCCUAGGUCGAUUGUCACUUUACAUUCAAAGGUCUGAGGUGCCAUUGCCUGAAUAAGUAUCGAAGAAGAAGCAGGAGAGAUAGGCAGAGAAAGUCCACACACUCGCAGCUGGCGGCGUGAAACACGCAACCCACUAAAAACUGCAACGCCACUACGAGGCGGGUGGGGGCGCAGCUUUUACGCAUCAUCCCCAAACGCGGGGUAUCCUUCUGGCAGUGAUGAGCCGGUGACACACCAGGUCUGCUCUCGCCAAAGAGAAAGUGUGGGUUUGUGGAGUGUGGACUGCCCCUGUUCUGUACUUCGCGACGCGAUCUUCCCGAACACAAUCUAGUCGGUUUGAGAGCUGUGUAUGAUAAUGGAUAGUUCGUUGGAACUGUCCACGUCUAUGGGCAACACGGCGACGCGUUACCGGAUUUUAAAAAUUGUAGUGAUCGGGGAUUCUGGAGUUGGGAAGACAUGCCUCACUUACCGAUUCUAUGCUGGCAGGUUUCCCGACAAAACCGAAGCCACUAUUGGUGUCGAUUUUCGGGAACGAAUCCUUGACAUAGCAGGGGAGAAAAUAAAGAUGCAGCUGUGGGACACUGCUGGUCAGGAGCGAUUCCGCAAGAGCAUGGUACAACAGUACUACCGCAAUGUGCAUGCCAUCAUCCUGGUCUUCGACGUCUCCAACCCGGCCAGCUUCCGUAACCUGCCCCUGUGGCUGGAGGAGUGCCGCUGGAACUCCCAGGGCCAGGAGGUGCCCUGCAUCCUCGUGGGCAACAAGUGUGACCUGGUGCAGCAAAGGUCCGGCGGCGUCAGGGGAGGAGUCAAUGGUGAACAGGUGCGAAAGUUUGCAGAGGCCCAUAGCAUGCCCUUCUACCUCACCUCUGCCAAGGAGCCCGAAGGACAAAGAGACCAUAUCGGAGACAUCUUCACAUCCCUCGCCUACAGGAUUACAAGGCAGCGAACAUCAUUCUCUUAUCGGUCGUCACAGAUUGAGCCACUUGGUAGUAUCAAGCUGUCAUCCAAAAACAGCCGGGAGAAGGAUAAAUGGGCCUGUAACUGUUAACACUGAAAGAAUGACUCCCUUGCUUCACCCUUAUUUGCACAUAAUGUCAGAUGUACUCUAAAACUGAACACAGGAAAAAAAACUGAAUAGUGCCUCAACACACAAUUUCUUCCAUGUACCGUCAACAAUGGAGAAGUGCAAAUUCUUUUACAUACAUACUUUUAAGUGGUGGGACAUUAAAAGGAGUUUUCGAAAUAACAUGAUCAUCUUGGUGACAAGCACAUUGUUAAGUUGUGAUGAUUAGGUUACUUGGAUAAUGAGUGAGGACACUAUCUGAUCUACUGCCUAUGGGCAAAUACUACAAAGCUGGUUCAGGAUAAGUUAAGGUUAAGUUGAGAGGUAAAUCAUCUAAUAUAAGAGCUUUUCUCAAGAAAAUGAGGACUCCAGGCUCUUCUAUUAGACGAUUUACCUCUUAACUUAACCUUAACUUAUCCUGAACCAGCUUUGUAGUAUAGGCCCUAUGACAAGCUGAGGAUGUUUGAUGAUAUGUCAGAUAAUGCAGCAGCAUAGAUGACUCAGGAGAUUUGUUUUAGAUACAGAAGGAUCUCUGCAAUGAGGGCAAAUACAUUCCAGAACUGUGUUCAUAAUGUGGUAUCGCGUGCAUGUUGUCUUUUGUAUAUGUGAGUUUUAGAAGCACCGUGUGGAAUGGAAGAAUUGGUACUUGUGUUUGUAGAAUCAAAGACUUGAGAAUAUACUAAUGUAAUUGGAUGUGAGCCCUGUUCUUAAUUGUACGCUGUCUGUCUCAGUGUUUGGGUAAUUGUUUUACACUAUUUAUGACAUUUCCUGUAACAUAUUAACAUUUCUACAUUCUUAAUUUAAUGAUUUAUUUUUAAAUAAAGCUAUUAUUUCUAACCAUG